GUCUGUUUCUUGUUGCAGGCGGAGCAAUUUACCAAUUUUCAGGAAGUGCAGAGAUGAGGAUAUGGUCGUUUCCGCGCGGUUUAGUCCCGAGGGGAGCUAUGGGGAUAUGAUGGUUGUCUUGAAUGCGGUGUCGGUAGGAGGGAAGAUUCGGCCGUGGAUUGAGUGGGAUUGAUUCCUGGGGUAUUGGAGCUGUGCUGACAAACAGCAAUCCAAUCUUUGGAGGUUUUCUUUGGGGACUUAAAAAUUCUCCUCUCUUUUCUUCACAUGUAUGGGCUAGCCAUCGGGUUAACGCCCUUACAUGGGAGGAGAUAGUGACGUUGGGCAACCCCCCUUGAAGCGACAGAAGCUUUCAAAGCCUAGUCAUAAAACUCCCUGUGAGGGGUCUCGGACAGGUGUGGCAGCCACGGGGUCCGCCGCCCUAAUGGCCAGAAGUAUUUGUUCUAAUGAUGGCGAAACGGUGGGGUCUCAUGGUCAAAUUCGGAAAGUGGAAUUUGUGAGGAUCAUAGAGCAAGCGCUGUUUUCUCUUGGCUAUCAACAGGCAGGUGCAGUGCUGGAAGAGGAGUCAGGUAUUCGACUUCAGUCGCCAGCUGUGCAGCAGUUUCGCGAGGACAUCCUGGCAGGGCGUUGGGAUGAAUGCGUAGCCACGUUAUCUGAAAUUGGCGUCCUUGAGGAGUCAACCUACAAGGCUGCAUUAUUUCUCGUUUUGCAACAGAAGUUUUUGGAGUCUUUAGAGGCUAGCAAUACAACUGCAGCGCUGGAGACUUUGCGCUCAGAGAUAUCUCCUCUUGGAGUCAGCACUUCCAAAGUUCAUCAGCUGGCGAGCUUCAUAGUAUGUUUUCCAGAGGACCUGCUUGCGAAAGCCCAAUGGAAGGGUGCUGGGCAAGAGUCUCGUCAGAGUUUGCUAGAAGAGUUACAGCAGUUGCUUCCACCGUCAAUCAUGGUACCUGAGAGGCGAUUAGAGCAUCUUAUUGAGGUUGCACUUCAAGUGCAACGUGAAGCAUGUGUUUACCACAAUACGCUGGAUCAUGUCCUGUCUCUUUACUCAGACCAUCGCUGUAGUCGGGACCAAAUUCCAACACGGACUUUGCAGGUUUUAGAUGAGCAUGAUGAUGAGGUCUGGUUUUUGCAAUUUUCGCAUGAUGGAUAUUACCUUGCAUCUUCAUCUAAAGACUGCACAGCCAUCAUUUGGGAGGUUGUAGAAGGUGAUUCCCUGAAGGUGAAGUAUAAAUUCACUGGUCAUUCGAAGCCUGUAUCUUUUGUAGCCUGGAGUCCUGAUGACACCAUGCUACUCACUUGCGGGAAUGAAGAAGUCGUGAAGCUUUGGGACAUUUCUACUGGGCAGUGCAAAUAUACCUAUGAUAAACCAAAUAGCUGCUUUACGUCCUGUGCAUGGUUCCCAGAUGGAAAACGAUUUGUAUCUGGUGGAGGUGACAAGUGUAUCUAUAUGUGGGACUUAGAGGGGCAUGAGUUGGAGGCUUGGAAAGGUGCCCGCAUGCCUCGCAUCAAUGAUUUGGCCAUCACAACUGACGGAAGUCAUAUGGUUAGCAUUUGUGAUCAUAAGAACAUCCGCAUUUACAACUUGGAGGAAAAAACAGAGCGAGUCAUCGAGGAGGAGAAGCCAAUUACUUCACUUUCAGUGAGCAAAAAUGGAAGAUAUUUGUUGGUUAACUUGGUGAGUCAGGAGAUACAUUUGUGGGACAUUUCAGCAGCUACAAAAGAUCUGCCUAAGAAAUAUAGAGGUCACAAACAAGGGCGAUAUGUGAUUCGAUCCUGCUUCGGUGGAACCGAUUAUGCAUUUAUUGUCAGCGGUAGCGAAGAUUCUCAGGUAUACAUCUGGCACAGGUGGAAUGGUGAGUUACUUGACGUGUUGUCAGGUCAUUCAGGCACUGUUAACAGCGUAAGCUGGAAUCCGGUGAAUCCUCAUAUGUUUGCAUCUGCCAGUGACGACCAUACGAUUCGGAUAUGGGGUUUGAGCAACAGACCGAUGCCCAAGAAACAUGAUGAGAAACCAGGCUCAUCUAAUGGCUUUGAUCAUCUAGUCAAUGGUGGGACAAGAGACCUGUUAGAAAAUCUGAGGCCCUUUAAUUCUGAUACGGAUUAGUGUUGUUCAUUAUAUAUGGUGCAGGCUUGCAGCACUCGGUUUGUUCCUCUCCUUUGUACAUUUGAUCUUCUCAUCAUUUAUCUUCUUUAUCUGGUGAUGUAAGCAUCUGUAGGGAUUCUUCAUCUUCUUUCUUAUUACAGCCAAAGGUUUGAUUUCCUCCAUAAUUUGUGCUC